GAAGGGGCGUCCCGGGGAUGGAGGGGGGGGCUCCCAGGAGGGGUUCGGGCCCCUCCCGGGGGUCCCGGAGUUUGGGGUGACCCCCGUGCCCCCCCAGCGCUAUGGGCCCCCCCUCGCUGCUCCUCCUCCUCUUCUUCGGCGCCAGCGUGGCCCCCGCGGCCCCCCCGGACCUGGAGGAGCCCGAGGAUUACGCGGAGUGCAGCGAUGGCUACGAGUGGGACCCCGAGACCGAGCACUGCAAAGACGUGGACGAGUGCGCGGCCGAGGGGCCGCGGCCGUGCCGGGGCUCCAUGAAGUGCCUGAACCAUUUCGGGGGGUACCUGUGCCUGCCGCGCUCGGCCGCGCUGCUCAGCCCCGGGCCCGGCCCCGCCCCCCCCGACGGCCGCUGCCCACGAGGCUUCGGCCCCGCCCCCGACGGCACCUGCGCAGACGUGGACGAGUGCGCGGGGCCCCCCCCGUGCCGGCCCAGCCAGGAGUGCAUCAACCUCCCGGGGGGCUUCGAGUGCCGCUGCCCCCCCGGGUACCGGCACCGGGACACCGAGUGCGUGGACGAAGACGAGUGCCAGUUCCGCUGGUGCCAGCACAGCUGCGCCAACUCCCCCGGAGCCUUCGCCUGCCGCUGCCACCCUGGCUUCAGCCUCGGCCCCGACGGCCGCUCCUGCCUCGACGUGGACGAGUGCUCCAUGGGCGCCCGCUGCUCCCAGCGCUGCCUCAACACCUUCGGCUCCUUCCGCUGCCGCUGCCGGCCCGGCUUCGCCCUGGGCGCCGACGGGCACCGGUGCCUCGAUGUGGACGAGUGCCAGGGGCGGGUCCCGUGCCAGCACCGCUGCCAGAACCUCCCGGGGGGCUUCAACUGCCUCUGCCCCCCCGGCUACGCCGAGGAGGGAGGGCUCUGCCGGGACCGGGACGAGUGCGCCGAGGGCUCCCACGGCUGCGGGGGGGCCCAGAACUGCCUCAACACUUUCGGGGGGCACCUCUGUGUCCCCCGCGAGCUCUGCCGAGGACCCUACACCCCCCACCCCCGCAGCAACGGGACCUGUGUGUGCCCCGGGGGGGUCCCGGGCUGUGCCCCCCGCCCCCGCUGGCUCCUGCACCGGUUCCUGGCGCUGCCCCAGACCCCCGAGGUCCCCGCCGGGAUUUUCCAGCUCCAGCACCCCCCGGGGGACCCCCAAAGGCUGCGGCUGCGGGGGGGCCCCCCCGGCACCUUCCGCCUGAGGGCGCUGACCAAUCACAGCUCGCUGCUGGAGCUCGCGCGCCCCCUGGCGGGCCCGCGGCAGCUGCUGCUGGAGGUGGAGCUGCUCCGCCCUGGGCCUCGCCCUCCGCACGAGGCCCCGCCCUCCGCCACAGGGGCCCCGCCCCCAAGCGCAUGGGACCCGCCCCCUCCGGCUGGGCGUGGCCUGGCUUUGCUCCGCCUCCAUCUGUCAGUGGGGGCCCACCCGUUCUAGGGGGGGGACAUCCCCAAAACUCCACUGGGACCCCCCAAAACCCUCCUGCGACCCCCAAAACUUCCACUGGGACCCCCACGACCCCCAGUUUUCCCACCAGCCCUCACAACCCUUCCCAAGACCCCCUGGGAU